UUUCGCAUUCAUUCAUCGUUUCCUCUAUACAUACUGUCAUGACCUACAGAUCCAAUUGUUGUGAAACUUGAUGUCUUCCAGAUUCUAGAUCUUGUUAAUUUUUCCUACACCGGAGAUCUGCAAUGGCUAGACGUUUUGGUCUCAUCGGCAAAUUUUUUGAGAAUUUUAAGAAUUCAUUAUUUGUAGCAAAGCAAAAAACAAAAUUUGUUGGAACAGAUCAGUUUGGAAAUAAAUAUUUCGAAAAAGAAGGAGACGACGCUCACAAUUUACGAGCGUCAAGAUAUAUCGAGGAAAGGAAAGACUUGGAUCGUUUCGACACUCCGGAAGUUCCAGUUGAAUGGGAUUCGUGGCUGCGGGGAAGGAGAGAACAUCCACCCUCACCUGAGGAGAUUGAGAGAAACUACAAGAAGAUGAUGCAGACCAAGAUCCGCGCGGACAAGCUGGACAUGAAGAAUACAGAACAAAAGGAGAGUGAGUCAUUGGCAGAGACAGAGUCGCAGACGGGGAUUGGAGAAACUGUUGUCUCAAACACCCAGAAAAGUGAGUUUCCCGUCUAUGAGGAGUAUGAAAUUACGCCAGGUUCGAAAUAUCCCAACAAGGGGAAGAGGUGAUGAGGUAACAACUACACAGAUAUUGUCUCGACCUCAGAUCUCUGCCUUGUGUUGCUAGAAAUCAUUGAAUGAAAGGCCAGAUGAGAAAUCAUAAUGUCGUGUCACUUUGUCAGUGUCAGUGAGCGCUCUGUACAGGCAGGAAGUACAAAGUCUGCUGCUGCUAAUUUGUGUCACGACGCGGUGGAAUCAGGCGCUCGUCAAUUUUUGGGCAUAUAGAGUUAUUGGAAUCAUCUUAAAGUUUGUUUGUUUGUCUUGCUUUUGAU